AGGAUCUCAGAGUAUUUCCGCUGGGCCUCCGCGCGGUGCCACGGUAGAACCGUGAUUACGGUCUUCGGUUCUCGGAGCCCAGCCACCGCUCGGGGCGGGGUGGGUCCCAGCCGCCGCUGAAGUCUGCGAGGGGCCCCACCCAACCGGCGUCUUACUUUAGGAGCCCUCCCAUGGCUUCCCAGGAUAGGGUAAAGGCAGUGACCAAAGGAACGGGCUUCUGUCGCUGCCCCAAGCAGACCACUUACACCCUUGGAACAUGCGAGCUCCUCAGAGUGAUGAUGAAGGAAUCCAAACUGACUAAGUUCCAACAGCGACACAUCAUGGACACCAUGAAAAGUAAGGAAGGAGAAGCUCUGCCCCUGUACUGCAGCCCGACAUCCAGCCAGAGGGUCUUGCCUGCCAAGCAGCCGGCCUCAGCCGUCUGCCUGCCUCCCAUCCUGGCGGCCCGGUCCCAGCUCCGGCCUGCCAGCAUGUGCCAGGCCAAUGGGGCCUACAGCCGGGAGCAGUUCAAGCCUCGAGCCACCCGAGAUCUGGAGAAGGAGAAGCGAAGACUCCAAGACAUCUUUGCCACGGGGAAGGAUAAGGAGGAGCGGAAAAGGAAGCCCCGUGUUGUGCAGCGGAAGGACCCACCCCCCGAGCCGGACCGGUUUGAAGAACUGGUCAAGGAGAUCCAGGAGAGGAAAGACUUCCUGGCUGAGAUGGAGGCCCUGGGCCGGGCCAGACAGUACCGAGGGCUCAUCCUCACGGAGAUCUCCCAGAAACUACGGGAAAUGGAGGACAUCGACCACCAGAGGAGCAAGGAACUCAGGAAGGCUCUGGCCACCGCCUAAUCCGUCUCCAGAGGCGGAGCAGCCCAGCCUUGACCACUGGAGCCCACCCCGUUGCCAAGCAGGGUCAUGCCCAGGUCAGCCCACCCACUCAGGCCUCCAGCCAUGUCAGAUGGUCACACAGCACUGCCCUGGCCUAGGGUGCAGGCUACCCGGGCAUACACAGCACCCUAUAAAAUGGACGUCAGAGAAUGAGUCGAUUCUUCCCGAGACUGCACCCAGGGGCGCGCACACCACACACACACACACACACACACACACACACACACGGCUUUGACUCUUUCCUUGGGGAAAGAGCCCCAUUCAGAGUGAAGGCAAGGCCUGGCUCCCCAUCGUGGACAGACGUCUAAGGGCAGCCACAGGCCCGCGUCCCACCACCUGCCGCGCUGUGUCCCCAUGGCUAGUCUUCUGAACUC